CUCCAAUAAAGUUGGAGAUCAAAUAAAUAAACAAAAAAAAUGAAGUUUUAUUUGUGCAUAUUGAUUGUUUCAUUUGCAUUAAUGCAAGGGGCGGUGGCUAAACAUGGCCGAAAUCACCAUUUCACAGCGGAAAAAUGCUGUAAAGUCGAAAAUUCAACCGAACGUGUAGAAAUGUAUAAUAAAGGAAAGGAAAUCUUUGAAGCAUGUGCUGAGGAAGUCAGCGCUGCGAAUCAAGAAGAACCAACCACAGAACAAUCCACCGAACAAAGCGAAGAACAAAAAAAGAAAAGACACGGACAUUUCGCUUGUAUCAUGGAAUGUGCGGCUAAAAAAUUCAAAAUCAUCAACGAAGAAAAUAAGGUGGAUCCAGAAGGAGUGAAAAGUCACGUGGAUGAGUUAGCAAAAUUGGAUGAUUAUAAAAAAGCCAUAGCAGAUGAAGUGGUCAAAGAAUGUUCUUCGGUGACGGAACGCAGUGGUGGACCUGAUGGUGCGAAAAAAUGUCCCAAAACUCCAAUGAAAGUUUUAAUGUGCAUUAACAGAAAAUUGUUCCUAUCUUGCCCCGCUGAAAAAAGGGAUAGCUCUGAAGAAUGUACGAAAUUUUUUGAAAUGGUCGAAAAGGGUCCACGUACCAAAGAAGCGCAAGAUGGAAAUGAAUCUGCAACUGAAGGGCAAUAGGACUUGACUCCUCUACAAUCUACAAACGACAACAAUUCCAAAAUUCAUAUUAUCAAAAUGAUGAAUAUUACGAACCACCAAGAAAUAUUUCCACCAAAGUUUGAGAAGUAAAAUUUUAGUUCUCAAUAAAUUAAUUAUAAUUACACAAGGACACAGAGCAAA